AUGAUGAAGAAAAAGCCUACUAUGACUAAAAAGAUGCUUAAACUAGCCUCAGAUUCAGAAGAAGAAAACAUGGAGAAUUCCAUGUCAAUAGAAAUGUAAUCCUAACUCAGUGGCGCAGAUGGGCUGAAAUUUAUUAAAGAAGGCUUAGAUAUUGGCCGUAAAGGCUUUGCAAGAGAUGAAAGAGGAACCGUCAUUUCAAUUCAACCUCAAGACCUAGAAAUGGGGAAAUUCAGAGGAAGAGGCUCUGCAGCCAUUGUCCAAGAAGCUUUGCAUAAGCCAACUGGCACGCUGCUAGCUUUGAAAUCAAUCAAUGUUUAUGACAAAGAAAAAAGACGGCAGCUCAUGAAUGAUAUCAGGGCUUUAGAAAGGUCUGACUGUCCUUUCCUCGUAAAAUUUUAUGGUGCUUAUUUUGAUGAAGGACAAGUAAAAGUUGCCUUAGAGCUCAUGGACGCUGGAAGCCUCGGCGAUUUAGUUAAAAAACUCCCAAACCCGACAGUCCCCGAGCCAAUUUUAGCGAAAAUGACGCAGCAAAUGCUAAAUGGGCUUAUGUAUCUCCAUAAAGUAAAGCACCAAGUGCAUAGAGAUAUAAAGCCUGAAAAUGUCCUUGCUAGUACUUCUGGAGCAGUUAAAUUAAGUGAUUUUGGAAUAAGCAAGGAAUUAGGAGUGACUAUUGGGCUUUGCAAUACUUUUGUGGGAACUAUGAUUUAUAUGAGCCCUGAAAGGAUUAAUGGGAAAACUUAUAGCUACUCCAGCGACAUUUGGAGUCUUGGACUUAUGCUUGUAGAGCUAGCUGUUGGGAAAUAUCCUUAUCCCAAAGCAAUUAAUAUGGUGGCGACGACUAAAUAUAUCAUUGAUAACGAUGGCCACCUUGGUAGCAAAAGCUAUUUUAUAGCCUAAACUAAAAUUUAGGCACUUCAAAUCUGACCCUUGACGUGAUUAACGCCGCUUUGUGGGGUGGGUAAACCUUGGGAGUAAGCUGUUGAUGACUGCUUGACCAGGAAUUAGUUCUCUACAUGUUUUUGGGCUUCGACUUUUUCCUUUCGGAACCGGAUGGCGUGGUUCUUUUUACUUGGGUAUCUCCUCUCCUAAAGCUGGCUUGCAGAAGGUAUCGGGCUAACCUUUACCUCCAUAACACCUGAUGGCAUAAUGACAAGAGUCUUCCUAACCUGCCGAGAUUCUUGGGUAAACAGUGUAACCUGUUCCUAGAAGAGGCCACUGAUCUAGAUAGUUAAUGAUAUUAUGGUGGACCGGCAAGCAGGAACGUUGGUCGAAAGCGUGCAGACCUAGAAGACUUUAAAACUCUUGUUUAAUUUAAUUUAUUCCAAAGCAAAUACCUAUAUAGAAAUGAUUGAACAUAUUAUGACUUCUCCAGAGCCAACACUUCCUGAUACGUUUUCAGCUGAAUUUAAAGACUUUUUAAGCCAUUGUGUUAAAAAGGUGCCUGAACAAAGGUGAAGCACUGUGCAGCUCUGUGCUCAUCCUUGGGUACUAAGGUAUUCACAGAGUGAAGUGGAUUUGCCAGGAUGGAUUCAAACUUGUUUAGAUGCCAUUAAGAAUUUGGAAGAAUAG